ACCCUCUACAUUUUAUAUUAAAUAUUAUUAGAUAUCAUAGGACAAUGACAUUUUAUAUUGUCCUUGUUUAUGCAGGUGAUUCACUGGGACGUUCGCAUGUAGAGAAAUGUAAGUGGACUCUGUGUCUGUGCUUGGAAGACUUCAUGUGUGCAUGUGUUAUCUGAGGAUCCUGUUAAAAUGCAGAAGUUGAUCCAGUUGAACUGGAGUGGGGCUUCAGAUUCCACGUUUCUGAUAAGCUCCUUGGUGCUGCUGGUGCUGUUCAUUUGUGGGCCACACAUUGAAUGGUGAGGCUGCAGUGUUCAGAUGCCUGACCCACAGUGUCCUAUACCUUGACUUUCUGUGGGUUAUUUGAAAUAGUCUGUUCCUCCUUUACUAUUCCCAUUUUAUGGAUCAGGAACUUAUCAACAUUAAUAGUCUAUUUCUUACACAUCUUAAAUAGUGUUCAUAUGAAAUAUGAGAAAAUAUAAAGACAAUCCCAUUACCCUGUAGGAGAAUAACAUACUUAAUGACAGAAACUCAGGUGUACAAAUGCCUACAGAUGGAUUUCUCAGCUCAUUCAUUUCUCUUUCUCUGCAAUAUUCUUGACACACUGCUGUCCUGUCACUGCCUGAGUGUGUCCCCUAAAAUGAUGUGGAUCUUUGUACCUCCAAAAGCUCAUUCUUGGAAUUUCCUAUUCCUUGAAAAUUACCUUCUUGUGCUUAAAUUUUUGACCUUACACCUGAAAUCCCCUCAGAUAACAUCUGUCUCCUGGGGCUUCUCAGAGAAAAAAGUAAAACUGCCAUUGUUCAUAAUAGCCUUUUGCCAAAAUAGCUCUUUCGGUAUUUGAAGAUUGCAUAUUCUCUGAUCUUAUCUCCAGUCCAAGCUCACAUUUCCAAGUAAGAUCUCAGCAUUACCUGAGAUUGUGCUGCUGGCUGUAUUUUAAAAAUGUUUGUUAAUAUGCUUGUCCUCUCCAUGUGCCUUUGUUGAGAAUCAGACUGACCUAUGUGCCAUCUUCAUAAUUAUACAAUGAUACUGUCCAGAAAUGAUGUAGGGUUGGAGAAAAUAUGGUUGAAAUUAUAGUGACAAUUUUUCUUUCCCUCUUAUUCAUUUAUUUGAGUAUCAGCUUCUCCCCUCCAUGCACUCUGAGAAACACUGGGGAUACAAAUAUUAGUAAAGCAGAUUUGUUUUGCUCGUAUAGUUCUAUCUUGGGAGUAAAUGCAGUAUAUUUGAUAAGUGCUUUAUUAAAGGGAUGUUAUGGUGCUAUGGAAUUACAAUGAGAGAGAGACAAAUGGUGACCUGGGGUUCUGGGAAAACAUAGCAGAGGAAGAAAAGAAAAGGAGCAGGGAAUUAAUUUUUAGUGAGCACUUACUAUAUAGCAAGUGUUUUGCAUAUUUUAUUGAAUCCACUCUUUCAAAUAGUUCUGUAAGCUAAGAAUUCUUCAUUUCCUUUUAACAUGCAUUAAAAAUACAAAGCCAUAUACACAGAAAGGAGCAGAGCUGGUGUUUAAUUCUAGGUUCACUUCGUUUGAGCUUUGUGCCGAUUCCCUUCUCAAAUGGUAGCAUUUGAGCUGAGAUGCCUUCUUUUCUUCAUAACACUCUUGUUCCCUGAGAUGACAUAUGUUUACACACUGUGGUGGGUUGAAGAGUGUCCCCCAAAUGUUCAUGUCCAUCCAGAAUUUCAGAAUGUGACCUUAUUUGGAAGUAGGGUCUUUGUAGAUGGAAUUAAGUUGAGGUCAUAUUGAAUUAGGGUGAGUUCUAAAUCUAACGAAUAGCGUCCUUAUGAAAAGAGGAGAGGAUACAGAGACGCACAGAGGUAGAGGCUGUGGGGAGAUGGGAUCAGAAAUGGUGUUAAUUUGUCACAAGCCAUGGGGCACCAGGAGGCUCCGGAACCUGGAAGAGACAAGGAAUGAUUCUCCCUUCGAGCCUUUGGAAGAAGUAUGGCCCUGCCAACACCUUGAUUUCAGACUCCUGGGCUCCAGAACUAUGAGAGAGUAAAUGUCUGUUGCUUUAAGCCACCGAGUUCAUGGUCAUUUGUUGUGGCAGCCUUAGAAAAGGAAUAUACAUGUGGAUAUUCAUUUAUGCAUUUGUGGAGAGUUUUGUAUUUGACUGAUAAGACAAAUACUUUGUCUUUUGCACAGAUAAAACUACAGCAUUUAGGGCCCUGCCUGGGGUCCUGUGGGCAGCCCCAGUGUUGACUAAGGUGAUAAGUGAACAAGUCUAUGAAUUCCAGAUUUGUGAUACUUUCUCUUUUCCCCUGUAAAGAAAAUGUCCCUCUUUGUAUGUUGAAAAACAGCAGUUUUAGAGUUUUCAUUAGCAUAUUGUUAGGAUGCAGAAGUAUCUAGUAAUAGGUGUGGUGUAGAAAGGUUUUUCCGUCUCAGUAGUGUGAGUUAUCAGACCCAGAUGAACACACUAAGGAUUUGAGCAUUUUAUUUAUUCUUAAAGUUUUCCUGUGAUGUGGAGCCAGAGCUAAUCAUUAUUCUUCCAACCAGCUGAAAGGAAAUGGAAACUAGAUGUUAUUGUCUAAAAAUGUGAAAUUAAAGAGAUAAAUGCUUAGGCUGUUCUUACAAGUUAAGUAAGUAAAAACCACAGGCAUGAAGAAUAAAUUACCCACGUGACACAGACCACUGGCAGAAUAAUUAUAUCUAGAACCCAGAAGUAUGAUUAAUUCCAUGAAUGUUUGCAGUAUGUCUCAUGAUUUGAAAAAAUUUAUUUAUAGCAUAUUAUGGUUCAAUAAAGCUGAGCAGUAAAUUCAAUGGUGAUUGCUAUGUUUGAACUGUUUGGUAUAAAAAGCAAACUACCACUGAGCUAUAAAAGCAAAUAUUUGCAAUAUCUGAAGAAUAGAUAGUUUAAUUACAGCUGAUGGAUUCAAAGGCUAUAUAGUUUUGUUAAUUAUUGAUCUAUAAAAAAAAGAUUUUCCUUUCUCUCAUUACAGAUGAUCACCCAACAAUGGAUGAUAAGAAUCAAACAGUGGUGACCGAAUUUCUUUUUGUGGGCUUAACAGAUCACCUCCCACAGAUUUUUCUCUUCUGGGUGUUUCUCUGUGUUUACCUUGUCACAUUGUGGGGGAACUUGGGGAUGAUCACUCUGAUAUGGAUGGACUCCCGACUCCAGACCCCCAUGUACUUUUUUCUCAGUCACUUGUCCCUUGUGGAUGUCUGCUCUUCUUCUUCUGUUGCUCCAAAGAUGUUGUAUGACACCUUUCUGGAAAGAAAAGUCAUCUCCUUCAUGGGUUGUGCUGUACAGAUGUGGUUUUUUGGUCAGUUUGUAGUGACGGAGUGCUUUCUCUUGACAUCCAUGGCCUAUGAUCGGUACCUAGCCAUCUGUAACCCUCUGUUGUACACAGCCAUCAUGUCCCAGUGGGUCUGUGUGAAGCUGGUGGUGGGGCCCUAUGCCGUGGGCAUUCUAAGUGCCAUUACCCAUGAGACCUUCACUUUUCGUUUACCCUUCUGUGGUCCGAAUGUGGUCAACCACUUUUUCUGUGACAUUCUCCCUCUUCUUUCCCUGGCGUGUGCUGAUACUUAUAACAAUAAGUUGGUUCUUUUCAUCAUGGCUGGACUAACAGGAGUACUCAGUGCACUGGUCAUUCUCAUCUCCUAUACUCACAUCCUCAAAACCAUAUUGAAUAUCCAAUCCACCAAGGGGAGGAGAAAAGCUUUCUCUACUUGCUCUUCACACUUGUCUGCUGUGGCCAUCUUGUAUGGUACCCUUUUCUUUAUUUACAUACAGCCCAAUUCAAGUUCAUCUCAGGACAUUAAUAAAGCUGUUUCUGCAUUCUAUACCACAUUGAUUCCUAUGCUGAACCCUCUUAUUUACAGCCUGAGGAAUGCGGAUGUAAAAGAUGCUUUUAGGAAGAAUUUUCUGCUAAGAAGGUAA